AUGGUGGAGUUUUACGCGCCGUGGUGCGGUCACUGCAGAGCCCUCGCGCCCGAGUAUCGCGAAGCAGCGGCGACGUUGAAAGAGCUCGGCGUGCUCUUCGCGAAGGUGGACGCGACGAAAGAAACGGAGCUCGCCGACAAGUACAACGUGGAUGGUUACCCGACCAUCCUUUUCGCCACUGAUGGCGAAUUUCAGCCGUUCGGCGCCGGGCGAACCAGCGCGGAGAUGGUGCGGUGGGUGAAGCGCAAGCUGGGUAUGGGUGUGACGGCGCUGGCGCCAGCCGACAUUCCCAAGGUGCCCGCGCUGCUCGAGAGCGCUGCUGCCGCUGCCAUCGCCCUGGUGCCCUCCCUUGAUGGCGGGGAGGCAGCAGCGUUCGGCGAGGCAGCGAGGGACACGGACGGGGUGGACUUUUUCGUCACCACGCACGCUGACGUGGCAGCCGCCUUCGGCCUGCCAGCUGGCGAGCCGCCCGCCCUGGCUGUGGUGAAGAAGGAAGAGGAGCGGCUGGUGGUGUUCGGCGGCGAGUACAGCAAGGACGCCAUCAGUGCGUUCCUGGCGGCCAACCGGCUGCCGCUGCUGCUUACGUACACAGAGGAGACCUCCACUGCCAUCUUCUCCUCCCCCAUCGGCAAGCAGGUGCUGCUGUUCGCAACAGACAGUGCAUUCAAGGAGCUCUCGCCCGCACUCCUUGCAGCAGCCAAGCACUUCAAAGGCCAGGUCAUGUUUGUGUUUGUGAACGCCUCUGACCCCGAGUCACAACCCGUGCAAGAGUACUUUGGAGCAGACGCCUCCACCACUGCCAUCAUGGGGUUCACCAUGGGAGGCGGUGAGGACCCCUCUGUGCCAGCAGCAGGGCUCAAAUACCGCAUGACAGACCACCCCACAGCAGAUAACAUCAAGGCCUUCACACAAAGCUUCAUUGACGGCCGUCUCAAGCCCUUCUUCAAGUCACAGCCCGUCCCAGACGAGAAUGAGGGGCCAGUGGCGGUGGUGGUGGGGGACUCGUUUGAGCGCAUUGUGCUGGACGACACCAGAGACGUGCUGCUGGAGGUGUAUGCUCCCUGGUGCGGCCACUGCCAGCAGCUCGAGCCCACGUACAAGAGGCUGGCAGAGCGGUUCAGUGCGGUGCAGUCAGUGGUUAUUGCCAAGAUGGAUGGCACUGCUAACGAGUACCCCGGCCUAGAGGUGGAGGGAUUCCCCACCAUCGUCUUCUACCCCGCGGGGAAAAAGACAGACCCGGCUGCCAUGUUGUGGGGUGGACAGCGGCCACCAUCAUGCCAUGUUGUGGGGUGGACAGUGGCCACCAUCAUGCCAUGUUGUGGGGUGGACAGCGGCCACCAUCAUGCCAUGUUGUGGGGUGGACAGCGGCCACCAUCAUGCCAUGUUGUGGGGUGGACAGCGGCCACCAUCAUGCCAUGUUGUGGGGUGGACAGCGGCCACCAUCAUGCCAUGUUGUGGGGUGGACAGCGGCCACCAUCAUGCCAUGUUGUGGGGUGGACAGCGGCCACCAUCAUGCCAUGUUGUGGGGUGGACAGCGGCCACCAUCAUGCCAUGUUGUGGGGUGGACAGCGGCCACCCUCAUGCCAUGUUGUGGGGUGGACAGCGGCCACCAUCAUGCCAUGUUGUGGGGUGGACAGCGGCCACCCUCAUGCCAUGUUGUGGGGUGGACAGCGGCCACCAUCAUGCCAUGUUGUGGGGUGGACAGCGGCCACCAUCAUGCCAUGUUGUGGGGUGGACAGCGGCCACCAUCAUGCCAUGUUGUGGGGUGGACAGCGGCCACCAUCAUGCCAUGUUGUGGGGUGGACAGCGGCCACCAUCAUGCCAUGUUGUGGGGUGGACAGCGGCCACCACCAUGCUUUCAAAGACUGCCAUUGCAACGCCUUUGCUUGCCUGUGUGGAGUGCAUGUGUGGAGUGCAUGUGUGGAGUGCAUGUGUGGAGUGCAUGCGAAGGUGGCUGCAGGUACGCUGAACGAGUUCAUUCAAACCAUCAACGACCAUGCCACCACUGAGCUUGAUGAAGCCGGUGUGCCCUCUCAUGGCUCUCCCGUGUGUGUGCCCUCUCAUGGCUCUCCCGUGUGUGUGCCCUCUCAUGGCUCUCCCGUGUGUGUGCCCUCUCAUGGCUCUCCCGUGUGUGUGCCCUCUCAUCUCUCUCCUGUGUGUGUGCCCUCUCAUGGCUCUCCCGUGUGUGUGUGCGCGCCUCAUGUGCCUGUCUCCCAUGACCAACAGGUGAAGGUGGCUGCGCGCACCCUCAAGGAGUUCAUCCAAGCCAUCAAGGACCACGCCUCCACUGAAUUCCACCUGGAGCCCUCGCCUCUGGACGACCAGGAGGAGGAAGAGAGUGAGGAUGGGGAGAUGGAGGAGAUGGAGGGGGGGGUAGGGGACGGGGGGAUGGAGGGGGAAAUGGGGGAGGAUGGGAUGGAGGGGGCAGAGGAGGAUAUGGCGUAUGAUGGGAUGGAGGGGGAUGGUGAGGAGGAGGACGAUACGUUUGAUAAGUUGUUUCACCACGACGAGUUGUAG